AUACCCCCGCCAUGCAGAUGCAGCUCCAUCAGUUGUCUCACAGAUCGAGGCAUGCAGCUAGGAGCUAGCGGCCAAGCAAGCAGAUCGAGCAUCAAAAUCCAACUGCAUUAAUUGCUGCUAGCUUGCUACUCAGUGUUGCGCUCGAUCAUAUCGAUCGGUCGUCUAAAUGGAGCUGCUUUCAGCAGCAUGCGCUACUAGCAGCCGUAGCACCAGCAGCCGCCGGCUCGCCGCCGUUGCAGCGGCUGUGUGCCUCCUGGUGGUAGCUAGCUGCUGCUUCGUGCCCACCUGCGAGGCGAAUCCUCGCGCCUUCUUCGUGUUCGGCGACUCGCUGGUGGACAGCGGCAACAACAACUACCUGGUGACGACGGCGCGGGCUGACUCGCCGCCCUACGGCCUCGACUACCCCACGCGCCGCGCCACCGGCCGCUUCUCCAACGGCCUCAACGUGCCCGACAUCAUCAGCGAGCACCUGGGCGCCGAGCCCGUGCUGCCCUACCUCAGCCCCCACCUCGACGGCCACAAGCUGUUCGUCGGCGCAAACUUCGCGUCCGCCGGAGUCGGGAUCCUCAACGACACAGGCAUCCAAUUUGCCAACAUCAUCCGGAUCCAGAAGCAGCUGCGUUACUUCGAGCAGUACCAGAGCCGCGUGCGGCGUCUCGUCGGCGAGGAGACGACGCGGCGGCUGGUGCGCAGCGCGCUGGUGCUCAUCACCCUCGGCGGCAACGACUUCGUCAACAACUACUACCUGGUGCCCUUCUCGGUGCGGUCCCGCGAGAUGGCGCUGCCGGACUACGUGCGCUACCUGGUGUCGGAGUACGCCAAGAUCCUGCGGCAGCUGCACGGCCUGGGGGCGCGGCGAGUGCUGGUGACGGGGUCGGGGCCGCUGGGGUGCGCCCCCGCGGAGCUGGCGCUGCGGGGGAGCCGCGCCGGGGAGUGCGACCCGGAGCUGCAGCGCGCGGCGGCGCUGUACAACCCGCAGCUGGUGGACAUGAUCCGGGGCCUCAACGCGGAGCUCGGCGCCGACGUGUUCGUGGCGGUGAACACGCACCGGAUGCACAUGGACUUCAUCUCGGACCCGACGGCGUACGGCUUCGUCACCUCCAAGGUGGCGUGCUGCGGGCAGGGGCCGUACAACGGCGUGGGGCUGUGCACCGCCGCCUCCAGCGUCUGCCCGGACCGCAGCCUCUACGCCUUCUGGGACAACUUCCACCCCACGGAGAGGGCCAACCGCAUCAUCGUCAGCCAGUUCAUGGACGGCAACGCCGAGUACAUGCACCCGCUCAACCUCAGCACCAUCCUCGCCGUCGACGCCCGCGCCGCCUCCGCCUCCGCCUCCGCCACCACCUUCAACUAA